CUUGAGACAAUGUUUCAAAUUUAAAAAAUAAAUUAUAUUUGUAGUAAUCUGAAUAUUUUAUUAAGUAUGCAUAUAUCUUUUGCUCCCCAACACUUACGUAUUGAUCGAUAUUUUUGACGAGAAAUUUUUCUCAGUUCUUGUCAUGGAUCUCUAAAUUUUUCAUUUUUUUGAAUUUUUUCCAGAAAUCUACAUUUAUCUGCUUUAUAUGGCGCCGUCCAACAGGUACAUUUGAUAGUAAUAUGGCAGUGGAUAUCAAAGUGGUUGUCAGUGAGCUGGGAGAAUCUUCCUUAUUUAUCAGUAUUCCACUUGGGAAAAAUCACAUUAAACCUGUUUUAGACAAUAAGGAGAAAAUAAACAUUCAAUUCACUUUAACCUGUAACGACUGUCACAAAUCAUUUAAAGUAUUUGAUAAACUAGCUGGACAUCUAGAAGAACGGAAUUGUAAAAAUGAACUUCCAAAAAAGAAAUCACGACCAAGGCCACAACAGCCUGAAGAGGCUAAAGCCUAUCCUGAAUUGGAUAACUUUGACAAAGUUGAAACUCCAGUUGUUGCCUUAAAACGUCCAAGAAGAAAGUGUGUUCCAAAUAAAAGAUAUCAAAGUGAUGAUUUUACGACAGUUGAUUCUGUAAUGUCAGAUGUACCAGAGGCUCAAUCUAUCGGAGCAGGAGGAGAUGCUGGCAAUGCACAUAACAACACAGAUUCUGAGUCUGCACCAGGAGUCCAAGAUAACAAUCACAAAGCUGAUCUACCAUGCAAUGAUAUUGAAAAUGAAGAGGUUGAUCAUAAUAAUGAUGAAUCUAGAACUGCAACAAGUGAACAACAAGCAACAAUUAGUGAAAAAACUGAGCUUGGAGUAUCUGAUAAUGAGAACAAACAUGAUAUAACUAAAAUAUGUGAAGAAAAUGAUAAUGUUAAAGUAAAAGAUAGAAACACUGAUUCGGAUUAUGAAAUUGAAAAUGAGAAUAAAAGCCGCAGGGGUAGAAAACCUAAGAAACAAAAGAAAAGAAUAUUGACUAAAACAUUAAACAAUGUGAACAAAUUAUCUACUUGUGAUCUCUGUUUGAAAGUGUUUGGUUCCAAGCAAAAACUUCAUGACCACAAGAGAAAAACUCAUGCCCCAGAACAUAUAAAGAGGGCACUGAGAGGCCCAAGGAAAUUAGAGAAAAGUAAGAGUUUCAAAUGUCAAUAUUGUCCCCAGAGAUAUUUUGCUACUAAAGCGGAGACUGAGUUACAUGAAGCUUGCCACUCGGAUGAUGUAUUUAAAUGUCCAUAUUGUGAAGUUUCUAACACAAUAUGGGGAGUCAUUCUCUCACACAUACUGCAGAAACAUCCUGAAUCACGGGACAUUUUCCAAAGAGUGAAAGAUAAAUAUUUUGGAUCUUACAAAUGCUCAAGUUGUCCUAAAACCUUCCCAACUCUUAGUCGUAAAACACAACAUGAAAAGUUCCAUGAUAAUAAGGAAUAUACAUGUGAAGUAUGUGGCAAGAUUUUCUUCACAAAUGCCACACGGUUUCAAUAUCACGUGGAUUUAUGCAAAACAGGUUGUGGAAGUUUUAAUUGUGAAAAAUGUGACUUUAAGACAACAGUCAAAAGCAUAUUUGAAGGUCAUUUGGCGUGUCAUGAAGGAAAUGGACAUGAAUGUGAAGUUUGUAAAAAACAAUUUCCAGUACGACAUAUGCUAAAGCAACAUGAACGAACUCACCUGGGUGACAAAGGAGCUCAUGUAUGUGACCAUUGUGGUCAAAAAUAUAAAAUCCGAUCCUCCCUGUUGGUCCAUGUGAAACGUGCACACUCGGACAUGACUACUGGAGAGCUCUACAUGUGCCAAGAAUGUAACUUUCAUUCUAAGUUAAAAGCGGAUGUAGCACGACAUUUCCGAUUCGUUCAUGACAAACCUUACAAAUGUGAUAAAUGUGACUUUCAGACAGCUUCACAGAAUGUAUUUCAGGAGCAUGAAGAAUAUCAUAAAGGAUUGAGGCCAUUUACGUGUGAAUUCUGUAACUAUGCAGGGCGUUCCAGCCUUACUCUCAGGGAUCAUGUGCAUGCUGUACACACGCUGCAGAAAGACAUUGUCUGCCCCAUAGAAAACUGUGGCCAGACAUUUAAAAAACAAGUUUAUCUGCGACGGCACAUGACAAAACAUACUGGGGAAAAACCAUUCCGCUGUGAUGUUUGCAAGAUGGCCUUCCGAAGCCAUGCGACAAUGUAUCGCCAUCGUGCCAGGGUACACCCAGAGACUGCCAAGACCAACCGAAAAUCAAGAUCUCAACCAAGAGCCACUGAGUUCCAAUUUGAACAAACUGAUUUAGGGCCAGAUGGUGGCAAUCUGAUUCAUAUCAUAGAGGACCAUGAUAAUCAGUUUGCAUCUUUAGUUCAAGCUGUUGAAAAACACUUGAUUCCAUCAACUGAAGAUUCAGAAUCUCAUGUGGUGUUACCUCCUGAUGUAGAUUUCACUGAAGGACAAGAACAUGAAGAGACACCACAAUAUAUUCAGGAAAUUGCCGAAGAGCAGAUUGUAUUAACUGAUGAUCAUAAUUCUCAAGAAUUCAUAUCAACAGACAAUUUUGGGACACAAAAUAUUGAAAAUGUAAAUGGUGAUUCUGAAACUGUGAUAUUAAAUUCAGGUUUAGAUAAUAAUAGUGAAACCCCAGGAGAAACAUAUGUUUUAAUAAAUAAUAGAAAUAUUGAUGUUCCUGAAUCUUAUUAUGUAGUGGUAGAUGGUGGAAUCACAGAUGAGCAUGUAGUCAUGCAAGACAAUGCUGAAGUAAAUGAACAUGUAGUCAUGCAAGACAAUGCUGUUGUUAAUGAACAUGUAGUCAUGCAAGACAAUGCUGAAAUUAAUGAACAUGUAGUCAUGCAAGACAAUGCUGAAGUUAAUGAACAUGUAGUCAUGCAAGACAAUGC